AUGCGAGUGGACCCCAGUCAGUCCGCACCAGACCUUCCAGCGAGCGAGUCCAUCGUCCGGGCACCUGCAAAAAUGCCAGCGGAAACCUGCCCACUCUGUCUGCAGUCGUACGCCCGGCUCGGGCAGCACCUGGUGGUCACCCACUGCGUCAAGAACCCGGAGGAGAGGAAGCUGCUCCUUGCCAUGGAGUCGGGGCGAGUGAACGCCCGUGCAGGCCUCUGCCCGCUUCCUGCGUGCGGGAAAUUCUCCAACAGGCUCGACCGCCACAUCCGCACCCACUCCGAGGUCACGGCGGGGAUGCAGGACGAAGCGCUCCGCUACUGCAAGAGGAGGGUGUGCCUCGAAAAGCUGACUGCCCUGAGGGCCUCCGACCCCGCUCCUCCGAUGGUGUCCACCCUCGACCUGGAGCAGCAGCAGUUCAUCGAGGAGGACCCGUCCAACCCCCAAGACCCAGAGACCCUGGAGGAGGAGGAGUGCGACAAGCAGGGCUGCAAGAACGUCAAGGAGCUCCUCAGGAACCAGGUGGUCGACCUGAGCAAGCAGGUCGACACCCUCAGCGAGACCCUCCGGACGGUCACCCGGAGGAAGAGGAAGGCGCCCCGUGGAAGAGACGUCAAGUCUUCGCCGGAGGCCACCUCCACCCCUCAGCAGCAGCAGCAGCAGCAGCAGGCGCCCCGAUCCUCGUCCGAGGAGAAGACUCCGGAGGGGGGCGAAGAAGAGAAGCCUUCCACCAGCCAGCAGCCGGAGGACCCGGGGGAGGAGCAACCCCACUACCCCGACCACGUGGGCGCGCUGAACGAGAUCGUGGAGGAGUACAGGCGCCACAGGGAAGGCCCGGACCCCGGCACCAAGCUGAAAGAGAACGUCGGCUGCCAGGUGUACCGGAUCAAGAAAUUUUUGGCGGCCAUGGCGAGGGGAAAACAGAACUUGGCGGACUUCCGUUUCCUGGACGACACGGCCAGGAUACACGGCUGGGUCAGCUCCCUCCGGCGGGCGAAGAUGACCGUGACCACCAUACAGCACUACGUCCUGAACGUGGGAUGUUUCAUGCGUUUCCUGUCAGAGACCCCUCCGCAGUCCUGCCGCUUAACAAAAAAAGCCCUGGUCGGCCUCCGCAGGGAGAUGGGGGCGCUCCGCAAAUCUAUGAAGCGGGGGGUGGCCGUCCACCAGACGCAGGUCAAGGAGGGCAAGGAGGUCAACAUCAUACAAAAGGCCACCCUCCGCAAGUGCAGGGAACUCGCCGCCAAGGCCAUCCCGGACCUUUUGACCCUCCUGGAGAACGAGCCCACGCAGAAGACCCUGUGGAGGCUCUACGGGCACUUUGCGGCGCUGCUCGCCUCCGUUUACGGCCACAGAGGGGGGGUUCUCCAAAAUAUAACCAUGCAGGAGGUUCUGGGGGCCCGCAAGUCGACCUCGGAGAAGGCGUACCUGAUAAACGUGGCCAACCACAAGACGAACAUGGCUUUCGGGUCGGCCCAAAUCGUCUUGACGGAGGAGGAGUUCGGUUGGGUGAAUCGACUCCUCCGAGUCAAAGAUGAGCUUCCCGGCGGAGCCUCGGCCAAGUUCCUGUUUUUUACCUCGACCCCGAACCCAUGCAAAAAUCUAAAUUCCUACUUCCAAGAGGCCUGGAAGUCCAUGGGCCUUCCCGGGUGCCCCACCUUCACGGACGUCCGCACGUCCAUCGCCAGCCACAUAAAAUUCACCCACUCCAACGACGACCGGGUCAAGCUGUCAAAGUUUAUGUGCCACGACACAAGGACGGCGGACAAAUUUUAUGUGGCCAACUUGACCCCCCAGCAGGCCAUGGAGCACCGGAGGCUCUUCGACACCGCCCUGGAGGGCGAAGAGAGGGGCUCCCCGUCGAAACAGCCGACCUCACUCAAACGCAAGCGGCCCGCGAAGGGGAAGGAGCCCCUCAAGAAGAAGAGGAGAGCUCCAGAGUCCUCGGACGAGGACAUGACUUCGGGCAGCACGACUCCAGAGGCGACCAAGAGCCCGGAGUACCAGGAGUCGGGGACGUCCAGCCCCGACUCCAGUGGGCACGAGGAGGAGGAAGAGGAGGAGGCCGAGUCAGGCGCAGCGGCGGUGGGAUCCCAAGAGGAGGAGGAGAAGGCCGAGUCAGGCGCAGCGGCGGUGGGAUCCCAAGAGGAGGAGAAGGCCGAGUCAGGCGCAGAGGCGGUGGGAUCCCCAAAAGGGGAAAAGGGGGGGAAGAGGAGACGACCACCCCAAAAAAGUACCCGCGGCGGAGAGGGAAAGCUACGGCACGUUUCCCCACUAAAAGUUAAGAAGGCCAUCUUUUCCCCCACCUCCACGACCCUCGUCGGCCUGACACGCCAAAAGGAGGUCUCCAAGAAGGUGAAGGAGGCCAUAAAGAAGCGCAGGCAGCGCAAAUAG